GCAUGUUUACAUUUCCCCUUGCCUGCGGUCUCUUUAUCAGGCAAUGGGUUUGUUCUGUGUCUAGUAUAAAGUAAGCGAGCGCAAGUUUCACACACACACGUACUGCACACAUGCAGCAUGUUCGGCAUGACACAGAUGAGUACAGUAUUGAGCAUUUUCGUCUUGUUUCUUCGCACCACUUUUGGGGAAAGUGGUUGCACCUCAGCAGACGGUGAUGGGACAUUUGGAGAUGAUGAACCAGACAAUUUUGACAUCGACUGCUUCAGCCAGCUUGAAUUUAAGGAUUCUUACAGCAGCCUGACCUGCAACUUUACUGAGCCGCCUCCUCACAACACUAACUAUACCCUGGCCCUGUGUACCAAGGAAGAUGGCAAUUAUGUGUGCUUCAAUAUGGAGAAACAGGAAGAUGCCUAUUUCCUACAAUUCACUGAUAUACUCUCAAAUAAAGACAUCUGCAUGGAUUCUGAGAUGAGGAGAAGGGUCUGCAGGAGUCUGGUUGUAACUGAUAUUGUUAAGCCUGAAGUACCAUUUGAUAUAAACAUCACAUACCAAAAGGAGGCAAAUGAAUAUCUUAUUCAUUAUAGUACACCACACUCAUGGAAGAAAUACUUAAAGGACAAAUUAAUACACCAAAUAGCCUAUCAGCAGGAAGAAGGUACUUGGAAGACAAUAGAGUCGCCAUACCUUCAGGUAAAAUUAUUGGGGAAAAACCUCGAAAAUGAUGCAUCGUAUGAGGUGAAAGUACGUUCGCAGCCCAGUGGAGAUUAUUUCAAGGGCAUGUGGAGCGAAUGGAGCACUUCCAAGAGCUUCAGGACUGCAAGGGAUCAGCACUCCACAGAGAGCUAUAGCAGAGUGGUUGUGGUUAUACUCUCCAUCCUGGGAUUCAUGGUGUCCAUUGUCAUGAUUGUCCUGGUUGUAACUUUUUGGGAAAACAGGAUCAAGCCUGCAGUGUGGCCAAACCUUCCUGAUCAUAAAAAAACACUGGAACAACUGUGCAAGAAGCCAAAAACUAAUUUUGAUAUAAGCUUUAACCCAGAGAGUUUUGGUUACGUUCAUAUCCAUAAAGUGGAUGGCAUUCGAGCAAAAGCUGAAAUGGAAAAUUUUCUGCAGCCGUCAAUUACUCCGGAGACAAACCUUCCAGAAAAAUUUAGGAGCAGAUCAGACCUGAAGAUGAUCCCUGCAAAGACAGAUGAAAGCAGCUUAAACCUGUCUAUGACUUACGGAGGAAUCUGGCCGGCUGAAGCAGUGCACGGAUUCCUGGGCACCAGCCAGUUUGCAAUCACAGAAGGAAACUGCAGCUCCAGCACAUACGAGGUGUGCCACAGCAAGGGCGUCCCCCUGUGCGGUGAUGGCUUCAACCCUUCCUCCACUCCUCCCCCAGAUCCCUCUGGUCAGCCUGGACCAGAGCCCCUAAAUGGUGACACCAUAUGCCAGAUGCUGCCUCCCAGUGAAAUGAGGUCACCAAACAAUGAGGAAGCCUAUGUCACAAUGUCUAGCUUCUACAAAACUCAGUAAAUCUUACAGGAAUGACAACAUGGCAUUUUCUCUCUAGCACAAGCAGGACACUGGAGCUUUCUAUUUUGUUUUCCUGCAUCCUGAGUUCCCACCUCCGCAACACACCCUGUUUGCAGUGCAAUGCUAUACCUGCAAGGAAGUGGAUUCUCCCACAUUUCAAUGAUAAGAGGGCUAACCUUAGCUCUCAGUAUGCUGGUAGAAAUCUCCACUGCAGAAGAAAUUAAAUGUAAUUCAACCUGACUUUAAUCUUCAGAUCUGAUUAAUCCAGAACAAUGACACUGCAGUCCUAGCUAAGGAUCAAAAUAUGUCUCAUAAAAGUUAAUGAACUCUUCUGUUAAUCUCUUGGUUGCAGAGUUAAGCUCUUUUUAAUGCUCAAGCAAGAAAUACAACAACAAAUUCAAGUUAAAUAGAAUCCAAUAUGUUUCAAACAGCACUAGAUCAAGAGUAACUCCUCUGCAGCCAGUGGAAGUCCACAAGUUUGCAAAAUGACAGUAAAUGAGAGUUGCUAUCAAGCAUUAGUCACAUGGGGAUUCAGGAACCUGGUCACUGCAAAGGGAGUUUGCUGACCCUUCAGGAAAAAGGGUGCCAUGGACUCACUUUAGGAAGAUGUUUCCUCCGACUAAUUUUUUUUUUUUUUUUUUUUUUUUUAAGAGAGAGACAGAGAUUGAAACAAAGGAAAACUCUACAUGCCACUUCUUUUCGCUAUUGGUAAAGAUCUGCCCCAGAGCCAAUUUUAGGAUCCACAGGUAUUUCUGCAAGUGCUGUUGUUAAAGAUCUUCAAUAUUUCAUGCACUAGCAAUGUUUAGCUAGGAAAACAAAGCAAAAUCAAUGAAAAGCAAAGUCCCAUCUCUUCUUAUAAACUCAAUUGUGGCUGUAAAAAUGCAAGAUGCUGUCUUUCUCUGCAGCUCUUGUGCAAGCAUUAGUGAAGCAUGUAAGUACUUUCCAGGACAGAAGGGUUGAGCAGAUCAUGUUUGUUUACUAGCAUUAUUCCCAAUGGCUGUGGCUUCAUAAGAAUAUUUUGAAUUUGGCCAGACAAUGUUCUCAUACAACAUCUGACCUAGGAAAAUGGAUGGAGCAUCAUGGAUCCUGUCAGUGAUCAGAGAGCUCUAUCUUUUUAGAAGUACCUUGCAAAUUGCCUUUUACUUUAUGAUGGAGGAAGACAUCCUGUCCCUUCCCACUCACCUUUCUCUGGACUCUGAGCUCAGUUCUAAUGGGUUCCCCACAUGCUGUCACACAGAGAUGGCUGAGCCGCUUCUCUGGGAUGCUGCGAAUUAUGGAGCACACACUUGGGGAUAAAGCUGCUGCAUCCACGUGGCUGCACGGCAGCUGAGCAGUGUGGCCAUGGGAAAUCCAAGCUGCUUUGCUGUGCUCUGGGAUUGGGGUUCACCUCACCGUGCAGCUUCAGUUCCUCUAGCUGCUUGGAAUUCUCCUUUACUGAAAUGUAUUAAGAGUCUAUUCCCAGAGUCUAAGGGUAAAAAGAGUCCUCCUUCAUCCUCAGAGCUGCUUAAAUUUGUUCUGACUGGUAAUAAUCACUGAGAUGUUUCUAUAUUUGCUGUAGCCUGCUGGAGAAAAACACAAUCCCAAGACAGGACUCCACUUUCUCCACCUCUACCUGACAGCAGAGAAAGCUUCAAAUGGGACAACUUUAUAAUGCCUGCAUGCAAAGGGGCCAAGGAUUUGGCUCAAGGCAUUCCAGUGACAUUUUCCAAAAUGGUUUCUAUUGCUGUUUCUUGCCAACUGAAACAUUGACUAAUGCAAUAGAAGAAGAUGAAAGCCCUGGAUGCUCAUUUGCUUUAUAAUGCUUUUAUUUCUUUUUAAAAAGAGCUGCCAGUAGUGCUCAUACUGUGCUGACUUGCACAGUGUGAUUGUAGAUGCAGACAGAUUGUGCUGGGAAGAGGUCCUCUUCCAGUAACACAGUGGCAAAAAACAGGGCAUAGAGGAAGAAGCAAAAGUACAUCAGAAAAAUCCUGUACAGUAUGUGCUAUGCUUGUUUCAGACUCAUACACACAUUUUUAACAAUUAAAAGUGACAUCACAAAUGUCCAUUUGCACAGUUUAAACAGUAAGGUACCCAUGUGUAAUAGUCUCUGUUUGUCCAGAAGGUGUACGGCUCUUUAAUAUGGGAAAAGUAGUAGAAGCCUGAUGUUUGCUCUGUAAUACAGGAAAAGUAGCAGAAACUUGAUGUUUAUUUACUUUAAUCACUCUGAAAUAGUUAUAUUUUUCUUACCUAGCAUUCAUAAUUUUGCAUAGCUGCUAAUGUUUAAACAUUCAUUCUAUUUCUUAUGUCUUAUUAUCUUAUUUAAUUAGAUAACAUGUAACCUUAAUUUUAUAAUGAUAUUACUUUAUUAAAAGGACAUGGCUAUUUGCAUGACCUAUUUAUGCUGCUCCACUUCAGUCUUAUAAUAUACAUCUAUUAGGACAGGACUUACUCAGCCCUCCCUGAAAUCAGGAUGACUCCAUGGGCGUUACCUAGCUUCAGGCAGGAUAAAUCCCAAGUAAGUUUGGACAGCUCAGGGACCUGCAAACACUGUAGGGUAACGGCAAUCCUCACCCUCCCUUCAUCACCACCACCCUGAGAGCCAGGGAAGCCUCUGAAACUCCAGUCUAUGUUUUGGACUGCUAAUGCUUUUGUUCAUCCUGACUCUGACUGCAAUCCAGCUCUUGUUACCCAGAAAACAGAGAGGUAACAGCUCUGGGAAUCAGGUCGAUAAAGCCGAUCUCCUGCCAUGAUUGGCUCAUUACAGCAGUGUUCAGUCAAGUCCCUUCGGGCUGAAAUUUCACAAGCAGUGAACUCUUCCAAGAUAACUCUGGCAAUUAAGUUAUUCUGAAACCUGCAGAAGCUAGCAGUCUCCUUCAUCUUUGACAAUCUGGCAUGAACUGUGGGAGCUAAAUCUUUUGGAAAAAUUGGUCCCUGACUAUUUUUCAGGUGCUGAGUACCAAUAUUUGAUCAGUCUUAAUAUCAGGAUCAUUGAAUAUCAUUUGCGAUUUUAUAGCCAUCAAUAUAAAUUUGAUAGGUGUAUACAGAUACAAAAACUUUCAGCUUGCUUUGGGAAAAACAGAAAUCCAAAUAUGCACUGAGGCAAGAAACACCACAAGCACUUUGGGUCCAUGGCCAGCUUUUAGACAUGUAGCACAUAUAUGAAAACACAGCCAUGGCUAUGUCUUGACACUUCACCAGGUCAUGAGUGAGUAUCUCCCUUGUUCUAGAAGUCAGAGAUUCCCCCAGAGUUGUUCACAAAUUCCCAUCUGACUCAGCAUUCACACAGGAGUAAAGCUCAGCUUUCACAUACUCCAUGCACCUUCCUCACUUCAGCAUAACAUUCCUCCUCCACACUUUCUGCCUCCUGUGCUCCUACUCAGUUGCACACACAAAAUGAGCUUGGUGAUCCCGGUUUCUAUGCAGCUGCUUUAUGACACCAUGGCUGGAGCUGCCUGAUCCUCUCUCCGCAUGUACCUGUUGGGAUCCACCAGCUCUUCUGCACUUGUGGUACAACACAGCUGGUCUCCUGUCAUCAUUUCUCCCCUCAUCUAUGCACAGCUCAUUUGCACUACACAAACGUCUCCUAGCAGCACACAAACUCCAUGAAAUAAAAUAAGUCUUUUGUCAGUUAUAACACUGACUCACAGUCAAAUUUUAAUGAUGCUGAAAAAAGUUAAUUACCUCCCAAGGCGAUACUUGUCCCCUGCUGAAUUUGUUUGUUUAUCAAACCUCCUCCUCUUGUUCAUGUUCAUUAGACAGACUGAUAAAACACAAAAAAAUGCUAUGUGUGUCAGUGAGGUGGUAGAAGACCAGCUAAGCAUGGAGAGUCUGGGGAACUGCUUCUGCCAAGGAGAAGAGAUGGUUAAAUGUAUGUGCUGUGCAGUGCAGUCUGGGCCAUGAAAUAAAUGGUGAAGGGAUGGCCUGGCCACCACUGCUGCAGGGAUAGGUGGCUGAAUUUGGGGCAGUUUUAGGCAGGCACAAGCUGACUGUGAAGCCACCUCUGCCAGCAGCAAAGGACCUGGUGAGGCUGGCAGGGUAUUUCUACAGGAUGGGAGUUCAACCCCUUCUAGGCUUCUUACUAAAACUGUUUGUUGACUUGAAGGCCUGUAUUUGUACAGCAGUACUGCAGUGUUCCUGGGAGGCACAGCAGCAGGUUUUUAGUUCAUGUGCUUUUGGCUCAAGCUAGUUAUUUCUUUGAUUGUGGGUUUCUGAAACUAUCCCUUAAAACCAGCUAAAAUGUAACAUAAAAUAUAAACAACUCUAUGAAGAAUUA